UCGUGGUAGCGGGAACCAUGUCUAAGGCUUCAUUGUGCAUCUUACUAACUGUAGAAAUGGCUGGCUUAUGACGGAGCUUUCUCGUAUGAGCCUCUAUGCAGUACGUUCCGCGGUGCGAUUGGGUGAGUCAUACGAAAUGAGGUCGCAUCUCCCAGCAUCCUCUUCACUCCGUUACCAACAGAUGCAAACCAACAGUAUUCCACAGAGCGACUUCUCCAGGAAAGAUCAUAGCAUUUUCAUUACAUACUAAUACUAAAGUCAAAGGUUGCGAUAUACUCGAGACCUCAUCUAUGGAGACGCCAAAGCAAUCAGAUGCCGCAGAAGCAACCGGCACAGCUGUUCAAGCCAAAGACGUUGCGCACGCAAGCCAAGAUGUAAAUCCCUGGAGUGUCAGUGGCGCCGUUGUCGACGGCAAAAUCCAGGCAAUUGACUACAAUAACCUUGUGGACUCUUUCGGGACUCAACUCAUCACAGGCGAUUUGCUUCAACGCUUCAAAGAUGUGACUGGGCACGAACCGCAUAUUUACAUGAGGAGAGGGCUUUUCUUUAGCCAUAGAGAUCUCAACCUCAUACUGGACCUUCAUGCAGCGGGCAAGCCGUUCUUCCUGUAUACGGGAAGAGGCCCGAGUAGUGCCAAUAUGCACCUGGGCCACAUGAUACCCUUCACGUUUACCAAAUGGCUUCAAGAUGUAUUCGACGUUCCGCUUGUGAUCAUGAUGACCGACGACGAGAAGGUCAUCUUCCAGAAGAUCAAUCUCGACAGGAAAGACAGUUGUUCUCCUUACACGGACGAGGAGAUGGACGGCUUCGUCAAACAGAACGCGCUCGACAUCUUAUCUGUCGGCUUCGAUCUCAAGAAGACAUUCCUCUUCAGCGAUUUCGAAUUCAUGGGCGGCGCGUUCUACAGAAAUGUCGUCAAAAUCUCCCGUCUCAUCACUUUGAACCAAAGCAAAGCCGUAUUCGGUUUCAAUGACAGUGAUUCGGUGGGGAAAGCCCAUUUCGUGUCCGUCCAGACAGCAACCGCAUUCGCAACCUCGUUUCCUCACAUCUUCGGCACGAACACGGAAGAAGUCGCAAAGAUCCCCGCGCUCAUCCCGUGCGCCAUCGACCAGGAUCCGUACUUUCGCGUCUGCAGAGACGUGGCCCAUCGUCUCAAGUACCAGAAACCUGCUCUGAUCCAUGCCAAAUUCUUCCCCGCUCUCCAGGGUCCGGGCUCAAAGAUGAGCGCAUCCGAUGCAAACAGUGCAAUUUUCAUGUCGGAUGAUAUGAACACAAUCAAGAAGAAGAUCAACAAACAUGCCUUUUCCGGCGGCGCAGCAACGGCCGAAGAGCAGAGGCAAUUCGGAGGGAAUCCAGACGUAGAUGUCGCGUUCCAGUAUCUCAGAUUCUUCCUCGAGGACGACAAGGAGUUGAAGCGUAUUGAAGAUGCUUAUCGGAAGGGAGAGCUGCUGACUGGGGAACUGAAGAAGAUCUGUAUCCAGCAGCUUCAAGCUUUUGUUGGUGAUUUCCAGAAACGUAGGGCGCUUCUCGAUAGUAGUGGUGGUGGUGGUGGUGAGGACGGCAGGAAAAAGAAAGGGAUCAGUGAGCAGGGUGCUCAAGUGGUGAGAGACUUCAUGCAAGUACGUCCGUUGAUCUGGAGAGGCAAGGAGGUGGAUGCUGCGGGGGGAGAGGAGGGAGAGACGCGUGAAGUUACCCUGUAAGGAUCUAUUCUAGGCCGGCACGCAUAAAAUUUAUAGGGCAGCUUAGGGUCUUUCGUGAGUGGAAAUUCUAGCGCUUAAAGACUUGCGGACGGAUGUCUCCUCGUUGGUUUGAUUUCUGAUUGUUGGCGUAGUGGAAUGUGUUGCUCUUGCAUGAGUAGGUUGAUUGAUGCCUUACAAAGCUAGUGCCAAGAUGUUUCUGCCUCAGUCACUAAUUACCUAUUAUGCCGU